AUGGGUGCAGAUGAGAUCUUCUCUAAUGGGUUAAAUGGGCAGACAAGAACUAUAGUAAAUGCAACUGUGGGAGGUAUUCUAAUGGCUAAAACAGCAGAGGCUACAUAUUCCCUGUUGGAUGACAUAGCCACAAAUAGUUACCAAUGGUCAAGUGAAAGAUCCAGUGUAAUGAAAGUAGUAGGACUUCAUGAACUGGAUCCCAUCACAACACUAGCAAUUCAGGUUACAUCACUCACAAAUCAGAUCGUCACGUUUACUACUCAAGAGAAUCAACAGAAGGCAGAUUCAGUCAUGAGUGCUUCUUCAUCACACCAGGAGAUAGAGGUUGCAAAGGAACAGGUUCGAUAUGUCAAUAGCAGCAACUACAAUCCGAGAAAAAAUUUCUCUGCUAAUCAUUAUCAUUUAGGGCUGAGAAAUCAUGAGAACUUAUCAUAUGGCAACAAUAGAAACAUGCUUCAACCUUCACCUAGAUUCAACACUCGAAAUUCUAAAGGGAAACCAUCCUUAGAGGAUAUCCUUGGGACAUUCAUUUCUGAAACAAGAUCGCGCUUCAAUAAAGACGAAUCACGUUUGGAUAAUAUUCAAACACAUGUAUCCAACAUGGGAUCCACAAUGAAAAAUCUUGAAGUUCAAAUUAAAGUCAACCUAAAGGAGUACUGUAAAGCUGUUGUAUUGAGGAGUGGCAAGCAAGUUGAAGAAGGUAAACUAACAGAAGAAAGCGUUCCCACAACUGACAAUGAGGAAGAAAAAAUAACAGCAGAAUGCUUUGGAACAAAUGCCAAAUUACGCAAAGUUUAUGAAGGAGGUAAUGUCAAAGAAGUGGAAGUUGAAAGAAAGAAAAAAGAUCCAGGCAGUUUCACUAUUCCCUGCACCAUUGGGAGUUCUUCUUUUGACAAAGCCCUGUGUGAUCUUGGAGCAAGCAUCAACCUGAUGCCCUUAUCUGUGUUCAAGAAGUUAGGCCUUGGGAAGGUCAAGCUAACUAUAGUGACCCUACAACUAGCUAAUAGGUCCCUCACAUACCCACAAGGGAUUAUUGAAGACGUGAUAGUAAAGGUCAACAAAUUUAUUUUCCCUGCUAACUUUGUGGUAUUAGAUAUGGAAGAAGAUUAG